AGAAGGUGACAGCCAGCCCAGCAGCAUGCCCUGGGCAUCACCGCUGCCACGGCCACCAUGGGGCCGGACUGGUGUCAAGGCAGUGGUCACGGCUGGGGUGUUUGUAACCACCCUCUGGAACCUGAGGUGCUUUCUCAACCCUUCCACGGCCUCCAGAGAAGCCCCCAAGCACACUGAGCCACUGGUGGUCCUGGUGUGGGAAUGGCCCUCAAAGCAGGUCCCCAAUGUCAGUGGGGAUGUUUGCCAUGAGCUGUAUGGCAUCACAGGCUGCUUGCUCACCAUGGAGCGGCGGCUCCUGAGCCAGGCAGAUGUGGUGGUGUUCCCCCACACCAGGCUUCAGCCUGACAGGGACAAGCUGCCCAAGGAGAGACUGCCAGGGCAGAACUGGGUGUGGGUCUCCCUGGAGUCACCCUCCAACACUAAAGCUCUAGCAAGAUGGAACCAGACUUUCAACUGGGUGAUGACCUACAGACGGGACUCAGACAUCUUCAUCCCCUAUGGCAAGCUUGUGCCCAACCAGUUGGCCACCGUGAACAUCCCCACAAAGACCAACUUGGUGUCCUGGGUUAUCAGCAACUACCACAGGACUCAGAAAAGAGCUGAAGUCUACAGAAACCUCUCCAGAUAUCUCCACGUGAACAUAUAUGGGAAAGCAAACAAAAAGCCACUUUGCAAGGACUGCCUCUUGCCAACGACAUCCAAGUCCAAGUUCUACCUGGCCUUUGAGAACUCCAUCCACCAGGACUACAUCACUGAGAAGCUCUGGAGGAACUCGCUGAUGGCUGGCACUGUGCCCGUGGUGCUGGGCCCUCCCCGGGCCAACUAUGAGCAGUUCAUUCCUGCAGACUCCUUCAUUCACGUCGAUGACUUUGGUUCCCUGGCAGAGCUGGCCACCUUCCUGAAGACCAUGAACUCCAGCCGCUACCAGCAGUUCUUUGCCUGGCAGAAGAGGUAUAGUGUGAAGCUCUACGCUGACUGGAAGGAGCGGAUCUGCACCAUCUGCACCGCCUACCCCAGCCUGCCUCACGGCCAUGUCUAUCCCAGCCUGGAGAGCUGGUUCAACACCUAGCACGGUGUGGUGUGUGCUGGGACCAUUGGGGACACAUCUGGGCAGAGGAUACAGGGUUGGGGGGCCGUGGGAAACCCUCCUACAUACCAGGAUAUGGGGCAGGGAGGGAUGCGGGAGUCCCAACCUCUCCUCCCAGCCUGGCUGUUGCCACACUGGCACCUUGAGCAACUCUGCAUGAUUUCAUUUCUUGCA